CGCACAGCCACCUAGUUACCAGUAGCGGAAGGCAACUGGAGCUAACAUUUCAACACAUUAUCUGAUCGUUUGUCGGUGUUAACGCAUCAUUUUCCGUACCUCAAAAGAUGGCAGAACAAACAGAAGAGAAAAAGGCAGACACCGAUUCAAAGAGAGUACAUACGUAUCCUCUCAUCAGGCAUUCUGAUAUGAAUGAUGAAAUGAAGACUGAAGCUAUGGAGUUGUGUGUCACAGCCUGUGAGAAGUUUGCCAGCAAUAAUGAGAAUGCUGCCAAAAUGAUCAAGGAGACAAUGGACAAGAAGUUUGGCGCCUCCUGGCAUGCAGUUGUUGGUGAAGGCCUUGGUUUCGAGAUCACCCAUGAAGUGAAGAACCUGCUGUAUAUGUUCUUUGGCGGCAAUGUAGCCAUUGUAGUGUGGAAGUGUUCCUGAAUGUUUACAGGCAUCGGCUGACAUCACAUGGAGCUGGUCAUGUUCCUCUAACUUUGGAUCAGUUUGUCACCUUACAUUCUACAUAAUGCAUUAUCAUUCCACUACUGUGUCACUGUGAAUUGUGUUCAAUGUACAGGUACCUGGGUGAAGGGAUAUAGUGUAAGCUACAAAAAAAAGUAUGGAUAAACAUCUGCCAUACUAAGUUCCAUAAACUUUUAAUUUAAUGCUCAGAGAAGUUUGGGUUUUUUCAAAUAUUAUAUUGCUGGAUAGUACGUUAUUGUGGAUGAAACAUAUUUGGUUUAUUGCAAAGGACGUUUAUGGUCCUGUGUACAAACAUUUUCCGCUAGUUGUACAUAUUUGUUUUAGAUGAGAGAUAUUGCAAGUAUUCUGCAAUGUUUCCCUGUCUUUAGGUACAACUACCAGCUUAUUGAUAUAGGUUAUCUCCCUUUGUAUCAGUGCAGGGAAAUAUGAUAUGGUAACAUUCCAAAUACGAAAGAUAGCUUGUGGCAUGUUCAUAUAGUGGAUUACAGGAGAACAUGCAUAAGACUAACUGAAAUCAGAAAGGUUAUUAUUACUUCUAAUCAUUGGUCAAAUAUUCGUUACUGGUAUGUAUUGGAGAACACAAUGUCAGUUAGUAGAAAAUAUACUUCAAAAUACUAUUCAUGUGGUAAUUAAGAAACAGCACUAUUCAAGUCUUCUUUACCAUCUCAUUUUGAUGCAUUACUUGACGGCAGCCAUCUUGCAGCAUUAUAGUGUGUUAUACACUUGCCUGCUAUAUGUCAUAGCAUAGACCAACCAUUGACUGUACCUUGGAGAAGUACCCUUGUGUUAUUGCAGUAUAUAUAUGCCGCCUUUACAGUGUUUAUAUGUGUUACUACAGAGUUUACCAUCUCCUUGACUUAUGACCAAGGUUGAUAUCACUUGAGCUAUGCAUUUGUACAUAGCAAUUCCAGAUUUUAGCAUUCCAUGUACAUAAGUUAACUUUAUUAUUAUUAUUGAUGAAAUAUGAUAAUAAAAGAAAUUUUAGGACCUA